UCGAUUGGAGUUAACAAUAUAAAGUUAACUAUAAUACAGAAGGGUUAUAUACUUUUUUUAUUAUUGUGGUGGUAGGAAAAGGGAGUUGAUACGCCACAGUAUGUGUAUUAGGAAAUUGGUUGAAACAUAAGAUGCUCAUUUAAGAACUUCAAUUAAAAGUGUCAAACCGCAUCGGAGGUGGAAGACAUAGAUGGGAGGAUUCCCGAGAAGUGAUGUAUUAGUUUUUAAUAAACGCAGCAUAUAUGUAUUUAUUACUACUAUGACCACUAUCGUCAUACCUAUUAGUAGACGCUCAUGA